CGUCGCCGGAGGGUGUGGCCGAGGCGGGGCUGCGGGGCGGGAGCGAGUGGCUGGCGGGUGGCCGCCAUUUUAGUGAUCGGCAGCCGGGCGUCGGUGGCAGCAGCAUGAACCCCGUCAGGUGUAAACUCUGCGCCUCGAUAACCUGCUUCCUCCUCAGCCUUUUCAUCGUUGUGUCUGGCGGCAAAGUUAACAAGCACAAGCCGUGGAUAGAAACUACGUAUCAUGGUAUUGUUACAGAAAAUGAUAUCUCGGUCUUGCUGGAUCCACCAUUAAUUGCCUUGGAUAAAGAUGCACCUCUACGUUAUGCAGAGAGGUUUGAGGUGACAUUCACCAAAGAAGGUGAGAUUUGUGGAUUUAGAAUUCAUGGACAGAAUGUUCCAUUUGAAGCUGUAGUGGUUGAUAAAACCACAGGUGAAGGUGUCAUACGUUCAAAAGAGAAGAUGGACUGCGAGUUGCAGAAAGAGUAUACCUUUACCAUCCAGGCAUAUGACUGUGGUGAGGAUCCAGAUGGAGGAAAUAUGAAGAAGUCCCAUAAGGCCAAUGUUCAUAUCCAAGUGAACGACAUAAAUGAGUAUGCCCCAGUUUUCAAAGAGAAAUCUUACAAAGCUACAAUAAUUGAAGGAAAGAAGUAUGACAGCAUCUUGAGAGUGGAAGCAAUUGAUGCAGACUGUUCAUCGCAGUUCAGCCAGAUCUGCAGUUAUGAAAUUGUCACUCCUGAUGUGCCAUUCACUGUUGAUAAAGAUGGGUAUAUUAAGAAUUCUGAGAAAAUAAACUACAGCAAAGACCGGCAGUACAAGCUUGCAGUAACGGCUUAUGACUGCGGGAAGAAGCGUUCGACACAAGAUGUUCUUGUUAAGAUCAACAUUAAACCCUCGUGCAAACCUGGCUGGCAAGGUUGGAGCAAAAGAAUUGAAUAUGAACCUGGCACUGGAAGUUUGGCAUUGUUUCCAGCUAUGCAUCUGGAAACAUGUGAUGAACCUAUUACAUCCAUUCAGACAACUGUUGAAUUAGAAACGAGCCAUAUAGGAAAAGGAUGCGACAGGGACACUUAUUCUGAAAAAUCACUCCACAAACUUUGUGGUGCUGCUUCCGGUACCAUUGAUCUCCUUCCCUCACCAAGUAGCAGUACAAAUUGGACAGUUGGUCUUCCCUCUGAUAAUGGCCGUGAUAGUGAUCAGGUCUUUGAAUUCAAUGGCACUCAAGCAGUGAAAAUCCCAGAAGGAGUUUUGACGACAAAUCUAAAGGAACCAUUUACAAUUUCUGUAUGGAUGCGGCAUGGGCCUGGUUCCACUAUUCACGGGAACAAGGAAACUAUUCUUUGCAACUCUGAUAAAACAGACAUGAAUCGUCACCACUACUCCCUUUAUGUGCACAACUGCCGUCUGGUUUUCCUCUUCCGUCAAAACCCUUCAGAGAAUGAGAACUUCCAUCCUGCAGAGUUCCAUUGGAAACUGGAUCAGGUGUGUGAUAAAGAAUGGCAUCACUAUGUACUAAAUGUUGACAUCCCCACUGUGGCCCUAUAUGUGGAUGGAGUUUCAUAUGAUCCGUUCCUAGUUACUGAAGACUAUCCCCUCCACCACUCAAAGAUUGAAACUCAGUUGGUGGUAGGAGCAUGUUGGCAAGAGUACACAGGAAGCGAAAAUGAAAAUGAAACUGUGACUGAAGCCUAUCCAGGAGGUGAAUUUCGCAUGACGCAGUUCUUCUUUGGCAAUUUAGCUGGUCUGAUGAUUCGGGCUGGCAAACUUGAGAGCAAAAAGGUGAUUGACUGCUUGUACACCUGUAAAGAAGGACUGGAUCUCUUGGAUUCUGGGAAUAGUUACGAAGGUGUGAUGGUUCACUUCAAUCCCACCCAAUCAGUCCUUAGCAUGGAAGGGGAUGAUAUUGAAAGUUUUGACAAGAACAUGCAGCAUGUGUCAUACCUCAAUUCUAGGCAGUUCCCAACACCGGGAAUUAGAAGGUUGAAAAUCAGCACAACUGUAAAGUGCUUCAAUGAAGAGACUUGCAUCACUAUCCCAGAUGUGGAGGGCUACGUAAUGGUACUUCAGCCUGAUGAACCAAAGAUAAGCCUGAGUGGAAUUGAUCACUUUGCACGUGCUGCCUCUGAAUUUGAAAGUAAUGAAGGUGUUCCACUGUUUCCAGAGCUGAAGAUCGUUAGCACCAUCACAAGAGAAGUGGAGUCAGAGGCGGAGGAUGAAGAUGAGCCUACAGUCCAGGAAUCUAUGAUAUCUGAAGAGAUAAUGCACAAUCUGGAUAUGUGUGAAGUCUCUGUUCUUGGAGAUGAGUUCAAUGCAGAACAGGAAAGCUUUGAGGUUGACCCAUCUCAACUCCAGCAAAGGGGUAUGGAAAUGAGUAACUCAUCUACUGGUUUGACUGUCACAGGUGUGAAUACAAUGGCAAAUUACGAAGAGAUGUUGCAUUCAAUCCGUUACCGAAACUGGAACAGCGAGUCAUUGUUUGAAAGGAAGUUUAAAAUUAUUUGCUCAGAACUGAAUGGACGCUAUGCCAGUAAUGAAUUCAAAGUUGAGGUCAAUGUAAUUCACACUGCUAACCCAGUGGAGUACCCCAACCACUUAUUGGCACAGCCAGAGUUUGUGCGCCCAGUUCAGCACGCUUCUGUUGACUUGUCUGGACACAAUCUUGCAAACCCUCAUUCAUCCUCAGUUGUUCCCAGUGCAGCAACUGUUGUCAUUGUGGUUUGUGUCAGCUUCCUGGUCUUUAUGAUAAUCCUUGGCAUUUUCCGAAUCCGUGCCGCACAUCAGCGGACUAUGCGGGAUCAAGAGAAUGGGAAAGAGAAUGAGAUGGAUUGGGAUGACUCAGCCUUGACAAUUACAGUAAAUCCUAUGGAGACAUACGAGGACCAGCACAGUAGUGAGGAUGAAGAGGAGGAGGAAGAGGAAGAAAGUGAGGAAGGUGAUGAGGAAGAUGACAUUACCAGUGCAGAAUCUGAAAGCAGUGAGGAGGAAGAAGGUGAGCAGGAAGAUCAGCAGAAUGUUAACCGACAGCAGCAACUUGAAUGGGAUGACUCGACUCUUACCUAUUGAUUUCUCUGCUGUCGCUUUGUGCUUUUGGAGGCUCCGUUGCUCACUCCAUCUGACCUGAGGAACCAUCUUGCACUUUUUUCUUGUCAUCUGAUGAGCGACUUUAGCUAGACAAUACACACAAUAUCCAGGACUGUCCCCUUUGCUCUAAGAGGCAGCUUUGCUAUUUUCUGUUUCCAUUGAAAAGAGACAUUGCAUUGAGUAGCGUUUAAAGUUGCUUGGUUUUGGCCUGGUCAUAAAUUUUUUUCUCGUGCAUGUGGAAAAAAAUUGCAGAAGAGGUCAAUUUACGUAGAGAAAUAACAAGAUUUUUAAUAUUUUGUAAAUAUAUUGAAAUUAUGUAAUUAAGUCUUUGUGGUAGUGAAAACAGGGAUUGGACAAAUUUGAGUUGGGAAAGCAGAAAUGUAAAGAGACAGUUUUAAUUUUGAUAGUCAUCCUUACUGAUGCCAUAGUACUGCUGCAAUCCACAUUUCAAUGUGCUCAAAUGUUAGUUUUAGUGAGAUUUUUGGGGCAACUUUAAGUGCUAGCAUAAACCAACAUUUAGGCUUUAAAUGCACUAUGCUCUUUGUCAUAGAACUCCUCGUUCAUCAAAAUAUGUCCUCUAUUUAAAAGGAUGGUAAAGUUAACCAGAAUGGAGAAUUGGCAACUGCCGUGUAAAAAUUAAUUGCAUUGGGUGAGUGGGCUAUCAGAAAGCAGGCCCUGUAUAGACCAAGCAAACCUAAUACUGUCUCUUUAAUUCUACAUUGUAAGAUGGGGAGAGAGAUUCAAUAAACUUAAGGCUCUCUUUGAGAACCAACCCUGUUGGAACAUGCACAUUUCAAAUAACUGUUGGUAGUUCCUGUACAUUGAAUUGUACUGUAGUUUUAAACAAUUUGUUUACAUUUAGUAAACUUUGGUUUCUCCUGGUAAUAUUGUAGUUGAAAUUGUACAAAGAAAUUGGCUCAUUUGUGAAUCAUGUAUUUGGUUUUAAAACAGUUCUCUGCCUCCAUGUUUUUAAAUGAAUUUUUAAUUGAUAUGAAAGUGUUCGCCAGAAAGGUACUAAAAUAUGCAGCUUUGGUGAGAUGUACAUAGCAGACCUGACUGAAGAAAAGAGGAGAAACUGAAAAGGAUCUCAGAGGCAAGGAUCUUAGGCAAAAUUAUUGACAAGAUUAUAGCUGAUGAAAAAUUUGAGAACCUUUGUUGUGGCUGAAGUAAUGUGUAAAUGAAUAAAAGGCAUUUGAUGAAUUUGGCUUCUGUCUUAAGAAAAAAGCGAGACCUGGUAGAAGACAGAUGUAAUGGACUAAUCUGUGAUGUUGACGUUUUCUCAUCCUUGAAUUACUUAAGAGUUGGAAAAGGUCUUGCACAACUUUUAAAAUUUUAAACAUUGCAAUAUUUCUACAAUUUCAUAUCCUGAAUCCAGGAGUGUUGACUGUAGCUUCCGUUGGGAAUAUCCAAUGAUAUUUCAGUAGCUAAAAGAAAGGGCAAGUGAAUUUGUAGGUUUGAGUUACUUAGGAGUGGAUCUUGGAAACAGGAGGUUCAAGUGCGGAGAACUUGGUUACACAUUGCUUAUGGUAUCAAAACAACAGGAAGAGGCUGGCUACCCUCCAGUUUGUACGGUACAGUUUUUAGCUGCUUUGUUAGUCCCAGUAUCACUAAUUGUUACUGAUUUUUAUCAACAAGAUUCAGACAUUAUACUGGCUAAACUGAAAUGCAGUUUUGUUUCUCUACAAACUAGCUGUCCUCAAAUGUUUAGUAGUGGGCUUCCAAGAACCUGACUGGCUUGUGGUGAAAAGAAUAGUAAGUAACUUUUUGUAGGAUUAGCCUAUUAUUUGUGUGAAAGAGAGUGUACUGCUGCUACUGUUUUAUAAUUGGUAACAUUAUAUACAAAGCAUCAUACUCAGGAUUUGGCCAGGACUAUUAUACCACUAAUGGGCGGGGGGGGACGCUGAUACACUACUGAAUUAGCCACUUGUUAAAGAUUGAAAGUAAGAUUUCAGCUGAAGUCCGUGUGGAUGCAAGAUAAGAAUGUAGAGCUUUUGUACAAAAUGUGACUUUGUUAGGAUUUUUGUAAAUCCUCCUCAGUCAUACAGCAUUUAUUUGCUGUUGCCACAGUCAUCCCUUGAAACCAGAUCUGCUUUUCUUGCUUCUCCCAUCCUUUGGACCAGGAUCUGUUCCUGGGGCAGAAACAGUAAUAUGAACUGGGUUGACAUGAGCUUGUUGGGAGUGCCUUGAUUUUUGCAAUUAGCAUAACUUAAUGAUGUACAUCUAGGAAGUGGAAUAGUCAAAAAAUAAUUCUUUUGUAACUUUAAAUUGUAGAUUGCCUAACAGUAGGGGAAUAUGGUUUUUUUUGUCAAAUUUAAACAAAUUAGUUUUUUCAAAGUUGGAAAAGUAUAAAUCUUAUGUUAAAAGUAUUUGUCUGACAUAGAUGUUGUGCUCAUGUUGUGUAUGAGACUUGAAGUCUAUCCAUAUAUUGUCAUCGUAGAUAAUGUAUUAGACUUAAAGGCUUACAUGUUAAAAGCUAACCAAGGUGUAAUCAUGUUAUUGAUUGUAUGUAGCCAAUAUGGGUAUUACCUACAGAGCUGAAUGAUAGAUCAGUUUGAACAGUCUUUGAGCUACAAUAAAUUUCCAGCCCUAAACACUACAAUAUUGUCCAGCAUGUUUUAAUGAGUUCUGUAGUAUUCGGUUUCUUGAGGUGAUUACCGUUGCUGCCCGUUGCACUGCAGUGUAAAAAUAAAAACCUUUAAAACCA